AUGCAGAACACCUCAGCGCUGGCGGGAAUCCCGUGUUCAAGGUGCGGGAAAAGGGGUUCGCCAGAUGGAUGGAAUCCCAAGGGGCCACGACGGGUGUUCAUGGAGGAAGACGUGGGGUACAUCAUAGGAUUCCGGUACAAGUGCGAGCGGUGUGUUGAAUACAACGGGACCGUGGAGGAGUCGGAGCAGCGCCCUACCAGUUUCAACGCGUGGGAUGUCGGAUGCCUGGAUCGCCUUCCUGACUACGUGUCGAAGGAAUUUCCUUUCAUUCUCACUCAUCGGUCGGGUAUCGACAUUCGUCUUGUCGACCGGCUCACAGACGACCUGGUCCAUGGGAAGGGCUUCUCCGCCGCUGCCAAGGAAGUUUCGUGA